AUGAACACAUUCGACUCACCGGCGGCCCCUCCGACAGGCCCCACGAGCUCUGCAAGAAUGCAGACCACACAGUCACACACGUCGAGUGCAGAAUCCUCCAUGGCAUCCUCCCUCGGCAGCAGCCGCUCCCACGCGAGCUCAUCAUCCCGAAACCGUGCGUCAGGCGCAAACUCACAUCCAACCUCGUCCCAAACCGAGUCCACGCCGAUCAACACACCCGACCCCACCAGACGCAACUACCAAACAACAGAGCAAUCGGCGAGCUCGCAGCUCAAAUCCCAGCCGAAUAAUGGACCAACUAUACCUGCGACCCAGCCGGCCAAUCCGGACUCGCCCACCGAACCCCGACAGUCCUGGUACAGUCACUUCGUGGACCGAUACGGAAGCCUCGAGCUCGAGAAUAAAGGAAGCGUUGCACGCGAUCAUCUGGCACUAGGUAUGCGCACAUUCCUAGCAUGGAUGCGCACCUCCUUAGCCUUCGCCUCCAUUGGCAUCGCCGUGACGCAGCUUUUCCGUCUGAACAGCGCCUCCUCAGACACGCGAUCAAACAGCUUCGACCAAUCCUAUAGCCCACACCCAGGCAUUCUUCCGCCUGGCCUGAACGCGGGCUUCGACUCGGCGGCAUUUCAUACAUCUUCUGCAUCAUCACGUCUUCGCAGCGUGGGCAAGCCCCUCGGCUCGACGUUCAUUGGCGUUUCGAUCCUCAUUCUGAUAGUCGGGUUCCACCGAUACUUUGAGAGUCAGUACUGGAUUAUCCGCGGCAAAUUCCCCGCGAGUCGCGGUAGUGUAGCUCUCACGGCGUUCGUGGCUGCCGCCCUUAUUAUUGCUGCCCUAGCUGUCAUUCUUGCAGUGUCGCCCGGUGCGGUCGAAGGUUAA